AUGGCAAACGAACAUCUAAAUGAUCAUUUAUAUUAUUUAAUGAUUGAAUUGUUUAAUAACGAUUAUUUAGAUGAAGAUAAUCAACUACUAUCCAUUAGAAAACCUCGCGAAACACAUGAAACACUACAACGUCUAGAUAUACAACAAAAACAAAAGACAAUUGAAGAGAAAAAAGCAGAAGCCAGAUGUUUACGCAUAAAACAAGCACAAAUUACACAAUAUUCCAUCGAACCAACAUUCACCAUACCAGACUCUGUCAAACUAGUGUUAAAAGAAAAUCAACCAACCACACAAACAACUGCAAUCACCAUUGAAGACGAAACCGAUAACAGGGAUGCAGAACUAGAGAUACACAUCAAUGACACGGAACAAAGUGCCAUUGAAGAAGAAAUUACCGCUGAUCCAGAAGAAAAACCACUUAGCAAUCGUGCCAAGAAAAAAAUGAAAUGGAUAGCGAACAUAGGUAAAAUAAGAAAACAUGAGUAA